CGACAGGAUUCUGUAUAUAGUCCCGGUGUAACACAGGUUGUGUCUGUGCGAGAUAUUGUCCUGGGUGAUGCAGUGCGAAGUGUCCUCUUCAUUUUCGUCAUCGUUAUCGUUGUCAUAACUGACGGCUACGAUGGCUCGUCGCGGGAUUAUUCACUCGUUGAUUUGGUGUUUGCUGUCAUUCCCGAUGUGCUUUACCGACAAGUUGUCCCCGGAUCAGAAGGCGCCACUGUUUGCGCGCGGAUCCGGCGGUUUGAUUCUGAGACCGCCCUUCGAAGGCGAGCCAAAAGUCGCCGUGAGUCCAUCGGUUUCCACUAAUGUCAUUAAUGAAGACGGCGUCGAGAGGCAGGAAUCCGCCACCUUCAAACUCGUGGAUGGUGAAUUGGUCCGAGUAGUGGAGGGAUCUUUUUCCUACAAGAGUCCCGAAGGGAUCCCCGUUUCCGUUCACUAUAUUGCUGAUGAGAACGGAUACCGGGCCGGAUUUAGGCUUGGCGCUGCUGCAAUCGGGGAAACGGGACAUCCCAUCAGACUUCCAGAAGGUAUCACACCAGCAAAAAACAAUGUCAAUCGAAGUUAUCUGCCAUCGCAAUAAAGUGAUUCCAGCUAAUUCUAAAAUUAAGACUGGCCUAAUUCGCCAUUUUUACGUAACGCUUUUUGAUAGCUGGAGGCUACAUUUCUUGGUAACUUUCUGUCUCAGCAGCUUUCGGGCCGAAAGGAUUUUAUCUGAGCAAAAGUAUCGAGGCAUAAAUAGUUUUUAAAUUGUGAUUGGAUUAAUUGAAGAAGAAAACGAGGUUGAAAGAUGCAUAAAGGUAUCUUAUUUUUUGGCUAAUUUAAAUUAAAUCUUAUUUAAUUUUGACAUCUCUUUUGUGUAUAAUUGCGCCGAAAUAUUUAUUUCGAUAAAUUCUUAGAAUUAUGAGGAAAUAUAAUCGACUAAAUGCAGAGAAAGAAUUAUUUCGAUGUUAAGCAAUAUUCACUUUCAUUUUGUUCACCAACGCACUCAUAAAUCUAUCAUAUUCCAGAUGUUUAACAAAUAUAUUAAUUUGAUAAGAGAUAAUGCAAAAUUAAAACUAGCAUGAAUUUUUAUAAUAUAAACUGUUCUAUAUAUUGUUACAUUCGUUUUACAAUCUCGUAAAACUAAGCAAAUUUUUUAUUCUUAAUUCCUUUUUUAAAUUUUAUUCAUUUAUUUGAUUUUUCCAUAUUUUAAAACAAAUCAUACACACUCAAUAUAAAUAUUCUUAAAUUCAUUUAUAUAUCAACAAUUUCAUUUUAUGCACUCGUGAUCAAAAGGCAAAUAUAUAAACAUAUAUUUAAAAAACGAUUUAAAACAAGAAUUUAUAUUUACUGUCAAAUGCUUUUAACUAUCUCAGAAUAAAGAAGUUUAAUUUAAAUAAAUAUUUGACUGUUUAUAAACAAAUCACUCUAUGCACAUGUUACAAAAAUAAUUCAUAUUCUUUCAAAACAUUAUUUUAGAAAGAGUGCGCGAUUUGACACUAUUAUUAGAUUGUGUCGCGUAUUUAGCAAUAAUUGUUACGAUGAAUACGACAUAUGGCCUCUUAAAUUAUUCUAUCUACGUAAAUAUAUUUAAAAAUAUAUAUCUAUGUAUCUAUUAUGUAUAUUUACCAUGUACAUUCAGUAUUUUGAAUAUAAUUAAAAACAUUAAAGACGAUGAAA